AUGCCCGCUGUGUCUUCCGCCCAACUCAUGAGCCGAAUUGUCAGCGACGCUUUGGCGACAUCAAACUAUCUCUUUGCAAGAAGCGAUUCGAAUUCAGCUGAGCCUGGAAUAGAGGUUGUCUGUGCCUGGCCUGUAUCUGGCCAAUAUGGGCCAGGCUCUCGAAUCUUAUACUAUGUUCUCAUAGCCGCAUGUGUCCUUGCGCGCAAGUCAGAAUGGAUCAAAAACGCCUGUAUUGCAGCGGCUUUGCUGUUGCCAGCGGUGGCUGCCCUUCAUGGCGUUGCACUAGCAGCAUUCCACCGAGACGGUGCUGUUGAUAUGGACAUCUAUGGUGCUUUCCAACUUUGUGCCAUUGGCAUCUUGGCAGCCCCCGUUACCGUCAGGUUGUCAAGGACGUAUUUCUAUGACCCUGGUCGAAAUACCAUCUUUUUAUGGGCAGGACUCAUUCUAUCAGGCAAGUUUUGUCGACGAUUGCUAAGCUUGACCGUCGAGUUUUACAGAGCUAGGUCUAUUACCUGCUCUGGGGUAUACAAUGGAAUUCCCAUCCCAGCAAGCGCCGAAGACUUUCCCUAUGAUAAACAGCCUCAAUGUGGAAUGAAUUGUACCGACACGACUGGACCGCAAUCGCCAAUGCGGGGGGGUGCGGCAAACAACAAAUAUGUGAUCCCAGCCCCGGACAAGCUUACAUUUGGCACCGCAACACUCCUAAGUGCAGCAUGCUGUGUUCACGCUAUUCUGUGGUUGGCAUCCAUGAUGGAUAAGAUAUUGGAGAUUAAUUUCAAGUCGAGAUUCGGAUUCGGACCCAAUACCGAUUUGCGCCUCGAUGAGCCCAUUCAGGGCACCAAUGGAGCCACUGUGGGCAAGAUGAAAAGAGUUAAUGAGACUAUUCGAAUUUUCAUAAGCGUGGCAAUAGUCCCUAUUUUUGCAGGCGCUGGACUAGCGAUUCUGAUUAUUGGAGAAACAAACUUUUUCAGCCGUCAAGUGAGGUAUGAGAAUGAACCAAUGGCAAGCAUUGGUCAAUGGGGGCCAAUUGUUGGUACAGGGCUUGCCAUUGCCGGCUCGUUAUAUCUCCUCUUGGCAGCAGAUCUGGAAGAAGUCGGGAAUGGCAAUCAUUCUGUGGUGGAGAAGUGCCAGUGUAAAUGUUCCCAUCACCCGUUACCAGAAUUCGGGAUUCUUAGACCAACAAGCCAAGUUCCAAGUAGCAGAGACUCUGAAGGCAUGCGCAGGGCUGUGGAUCUUUCACCACCGCCACCCGUAAUAGAAUCUUUCUCGGGAAUACACCAUCCUUCGUCAACAACGUCCAGCUCUCUUCACGAGAUGGACACACGGGAAGGAGCACCUUCAAAACGAUACAGCUUUGCAACGAUAAAGCAUGCCGUUACUGGACAAACAACCACCGCUUCAACCACUGGGACUAUGGAAGCAGGGAGUCGCCAUAGGGUAGCAGAGUUUUUGACUUCUGUUGGUCAAACACUAGGCACAGCAACACAAGGCUCAUUUGACCUUUCAAAGUUCAGAGACGGCCCAGCUCUCGACUUUCCAGAAAUCCCAGGAGAAAGGGAAAGAAAUCGCGAUCUAAGCCGAGUAAAAGAAAUCUACAGCCAACGACUACAGCCUGAUGGCACUCCUGCGGUUUACGCAUCUCGCUCAAGAGCAAGCAGCUUCAAUGCAGAUGGACCGUCUGGCCACGCGCUUGAUGGCCUGCGUACGUCCCGCGAUGAAUCGCCACUACCACAUCUGUCGCGAUCGGCCUCACCAGUAGCCUCUGGACCUGGAGCUUUCCGACAGCGUGUAAGCACUCUACCAGUUAGCGAGCCCAGCUCACAUGAGCUGCAUGCUGUCGCUUCUUUACCAACUGCGUCCGGUGGAAACAGAGGCAGACAGAGGGCACGUAGAGACACUCUGGAAGUGCCCGCUCCAGUGCAUUUUAACCCCCAUCGACACACCUCGCUUACGGGAGAGGAAACGAUAAUGGGAACAUCUUCUUCCUCCCCUCAUCAUCCGUUACCCCUAUGCAAUACAUCCGCUAUCGCGAGCGGUGCAUUAUGCCCAGAGUCGGGCACGAGAACACCAGAUGCCGCAACACCAACCUCAUCAGCACCCCUGAACAAACAUGAUUCUUCAUAA